UGCUUCACCCAUCCCAUGUUUUCUAUGUCUCAGUCCGUUCACCGCCCGACGUUCAAGUUCGUAGGAACGUCACGUCCGCACUUGAACUUGCAGCUCAGGGGGGGCUUCACCGUAUACCCCAUCACUCACCCUCUCUCCCUCUUUGGAGGAAAAGUCAUGAAGAGCUCCACACAGCCCGUUGCGCGUUACGCAUCCCGCUCCGUCUGACCCGCAGAUCCGCUUCUGCUUUUUGUCCCUCUUCCUCCUUCAUCCAGAUGACAGACGCAUCAAAUGAAGAUUUUUUAUUUGGAGUGUACCUCUUAGGAUUGGAUUUCCCGAUGUGAACUCGGCUGAGAAGCCCUUUGCCGAACCAUGUCUCGUCGCAAGCAAGGCAAACCCUUGCACUUGAGCAAACGGGAGUUUUCGCCGGAGCCACCCUCAGGUGUUUUAGGCGAAGAAGACUCUCAGGACUCCUCCAGGCUGGGUGUGGCUCAGGACGAGCCCCUUAAAGGGGAUCCGGACCUGCUCACCUGCGGCCAGUGCCACACACGCUUCCCCCUCGCAGACAUCCUGCUAUUCAUCGAGCACAAACGGAGGCAAUGCCACGACAGCCUCUGCUCGGACAAGCCUCUGGACAGGCCUCCAUCCUCGCCGCUCGCCUCUCCCCUCUCCACCUCCUCGUCUCACUCCCGAAGCCAACAGCUGUACCCGCAGAAGGCGCGUCACCCGGUGGAGGUGGCUGUACAGGUGUCGCCUCUGGAUGAGGAUUGUUUAUCUGCACCAUUGCAAGGAAUAAUCCCCAAGCAGGAGAAUGUCACAGAUAAAGAUGAGCCAAGCAGUUACACCUGCACCACAUGUAAACAACCCUUCACCAGUGCCUGGUUCCUGCUCCAACAUGCCCAGAACACUCAUGGCUUCCGCAUCUAUCUGGAGAGUGAACCUGGCAGCCCUCUUACCCCACGUGUAGCUGCCGCUCCUGGGAUGGGGGGGGAUUGUGCCUCCUCCCAGCCACCGCUCCAUGCGGUUCACUUGGCUGAUGGGAGCCCUUACAGCCUUUUGAGGAUGCCGGGAUCAGGGUCUGGCCGGGAUUCAGCAUCCACACCACGUGAGGGCCGUUAUCCUCGAACCCCCCCAUUAUUUAGCCCACCGCCUCGCCACCAUCUCAGCCCAGAUGAUCUUGCCCUGGCAACCCAUCAUCCUAGCGCCUUCGACAGAGUGAUGAGGCUGAACUCAGUGCCAUUAGAACCCCCUCAGAGCAUGGACUUCUCGAGACGUCUGAGGGAGCUUGCUGGGAAUGCCACCAGUGGUUCUCCCCCUCUCUCCCCUAACAGACCUAACCCUAUGCAACGGCUGCUACAGCCAUUCCAGGCAGGUUCAAAGCCUCCAUUUACAGCCACACCUCCCCUCUCCACCUCCCACUCCCCAUCUGGCUCCCGCUCCACCCCUAAUCCUGUAUCAAAUGUAGUCCAGCCAGGUACUCCUCUCAAGACAAAGUCUUGUGAGUUCUGCGGGAAGACCUUCAAGUUCCAGAGUAACCUUAUUGUGCACCGGCGAAGUCACACAGGGGAAAAGCCAUUCAAGUGUCACCUCUGCAACCAUGCUUGCACACAGGCCAGCAAGCUGAAACGUCACAUGAAAACACACUGUCAGAAUAAGUCAUUGGCGCUUAAUGUCAAGUCAGAUGAUGGCCUAUCAACUGCCAGCUCACCUGAACCUGGUACUAGUGACAUACUGGGCAGUGCCACUGAUGCACUCAAGUCAGUGGUGGCUAAGUUCAAAAGUGAAAACAAUGGGAUUAUGCCUGAAAAUGAAGAGGAGGAGGAGGAGGAGGAAGAGGAGGAAGAAGAGGAAGAUGAAGAGGAGGAAGAAGAAGAGGAGGAAGAGGAGGAGGAAGGGGAGGAGGAGGAAAUCGACAGUAAGCCCAGAGUUGAAGAAGAGGGAAGGAAAAACUAUCGCUUCAGUGUGCGACUGGAAGGCGCCCGCCACCACCAGAACAGUGAUGCUCUACAUCCACAUCGCAGAAGCUUGUCUCGAGAGCCCGUUGAGGAUGACUCAGCUGUUGAAUUAGACCGCACCGAUGAUGCAUCCACCACUAAUAUAAAUGGCCUUGGACGACUGUCCAGUGACAGCCUCUCUAGAAAGCUGCUGGGUGGGAGGAUCAGUCCUGACACACUCAGCCCUCUAUCCAAACGCAUCAAGAUAGAAAAGGAUAUAGACCCACCUACCCCUACCAUCCCAAACACAGAGAAUGUCUAUUCUCAGUGGUUAGCAGGCUAUGCUGCCUCCCGGCAACUCAAGGACCCCUUCAUCAACUUUACAGGUGGGGACUCCAGACAAUCACCCUUUACCUCCUCAUCUGAGCACUCAUCAGAAAAUGGCAGCUUGCGCUUUUCCACUCCCCCUGGUGAGCUCGAUGGGGAACGAGCCCCUUCAGGACGCAGCGGCACAGGCAGUGGGGCCAGCACUCCACACGGCGGCACCGGAAAUGGCCGACCGAGCUCCAAGGAUGGCCGCCGCAGUGACACCUGUGAAUUUUGUGGCAAGGUGUUCAAGAACUGCAGCAACCUGACGGUGCAUCGACGGAGCCACACUGGGGAGAGGCCAUACAAGUGCGAGCUGUGCAGUUAUGCAUGUGCCCAGAGCUCCAAACUCACCCGUCACAUGAAAACCCACGGACAGAUGGGCAAGGAUGUGUACAAAUGUGAAAUUUGCCACAUGCCUUUUAGUGUGUACAGCACUCUAGAGAAACACAUGAAGAAAUGGCACAGUGACCGCCCUCUGGCUAAUGACAUUAAAACUGAAUAGGCAAAAAGUCCUCUCUCAGCUCCCCCCUGGCUAAAAACCAACUCUGGCUAUGUAGCCACUAAGCAAAGGGGAAAAUACAACAGGGUUAGACAACAGAAUGCCGUGCAGCCCUGUUCUCCAUUCACUUUUGGAGAAAACUUGAUGCAUGAUCCAGUACUGGGGCAAUACUAUUGCAUCAGAACUUUUUGAGCCUUUCUAUUGUGCAAUAAUUUACACAUUUUUGUAUUUUUUGUAACUGGACAGCAUGCUUGGUGUGUUUUGGCUACUUAAAGUAAAAAUCUUCCUGGUUGGAAGAUUUGGUUGUACAUGUUUUGCUGUUGAUACUUAAAAAUUUUCUCAGCAUAAAAAAACCCUGUUCGAAAUAACCCAAGCUGCAUACAGUAUGUACUGUUUUACAUAUCAUGUAAAGUUUUGUGUUCAAACAUAGCUGACAGUGUCAUAUUGUCAAAACAUCAAGACAAGCAGGGUCAAACAUUAAACUGAUCUUUCUGAAAGAUUUUCCAUGCAACAUUGAGACGAGAUAUAUAUCCAUAUCAAUAUACAUAUAUCUAUCUAUAGAUAUAUAUAUUGAUAUAUAUGAAUAAGAAUUGGGUCAUUUAUAAAAUGCUGGGCACUAGCGCCAAUAAAUAGUUCUUUUACAAACAUUGUGGCUACUAAAUGUAGUGUGACAUGACGACAAAGAGUGCCUUGGAUAUUUUACCUGCAUUAGAUAAUUCUCCUUUUUGCUAUGAGCUCAGAGUUUCAGCUAUAGAUAUUUACAGGACAUGGGGAAGAUGCAGGUCCUUGCAUCAAGCACCUGCACAACCUAGUUGCUUUUUUGGGGAGACUUUGCAGGACCAGCUGAAACAAACCUAAAAAAAAAAAAAAAAGAUUUGUGUUUUUCUGGUAAAUCUUUUAAUUGCCUGAUUAAUGCAUAUUAAUUUUUUCAUGAUUACAAUUCUGUUUACUGGCAUGCAACAUGCUUAGGAAGAGUUAGAGGUUUUUGGUUUUGGUGUAAGUGUUUGGUACAACUCAAAAAAGGUUCUCUGACAAGUUGUUUUAACCAACAUGAAGCUCUUAAAGUUUCCAGAAUUUUUUGUUUUUGAAAAUUAAAAAGUGCAGGUGAUAUUUUGUAAGUAGCACUGAUCUAUAUUCCUUCUGUUUUAGCCAUUCUGGCUAUAAUUUCACCUCCACUUCAAAAAAAAAAGUGGGAUUUAGUUCUUGCAACUCAAGAUGACGGUUAAAAAGUAGAGAUGCACCAAUCAGGCUUUUCAUGGCCACUUCAGGUUUCUGUUCUUUUUUUGUCCUUUUUUUUAAGUCUGACCUGCCAAAUAUCAUUUAGAUAAAAAUAUUUUUUUUGUGUGUACAAACCACAGCCUAUAAAAGAGGAAAAAGGAUGUGCAGCCGAUUCUUUACUUUAGGAGUUUGUCUUGAAUCCAAAUGAAAAUGCAUCACAGCAAGCUGUUUUUCUUAGUGUAUAAAAUGGUAGGAGUGCUUAUGUUUGUAAUGGAUAGCGGGACAUUUUUAAAUUCUUUAGUGUUUUACCUGCCAAUCAAGGAAAAUUGGCCUAUUCUGUUCUCUGGCCAACUGAUUAGUGCAUCUUAAGGUUUGGGUUUGCAAGUGUGUAACAGGGAGCUUUGGUAACAGGAUGUGGAAGCAUGGGCAUGGAUGAUUGUUGGAGAUGCACCAAUCCAUCUUUUCAGCUAGUGAUGAUUUCAUUUUUUUUUUCUUCAUGUUUUUGACCUAUUCCAAAUUUUAUCUACGAAUAUCAAAACAAUAUGAGAAAAUC